AUGCCGGUAUCGGGUAUUGGCUCUGAGACAUGUAGGAUCAUGUCUCAGUUCCAGGUGGCUGCAGCUCAGGAGUUGGACGAGCUCUGUUAUCUCUCUGCUCAGUCCAUGACCAGUCUGAAGGUGGCUGACCACUUCCAUGUGGUCAAACUGCUGGGCGAGGGCUCCUAUGGCAAAGUGAUGCUAGCCGUCCACAGGAAAAGAGGGUCUCCAAUGGCGCUGAAGUUCUUCCCGCGUGAGUCGACCUCGCUGGCGUCCUUUCUGCGGGAGUACAACCUGUCGCUGUCCUACUGCACUCACCCCUCCCUCACCCGAGCGCUUGGCAUCUUCUUCUCCACUCCGGACUACUACGUGUUCGCACAGCAGGCCGGACUCUACGGCGACCUCUACAGCGUCAUUGUGUCAGAGGUGAGUCUAUCACACUGCAGAAAAGAAAUGAGCUCUUGA